CAUCACAUCAAAAGUAAUUUAAUUUUUUUGUCAUAAAAUGAUGAUUUGUUAAUUUUGAUCUUUUGUUGUAAUGUAAUACACAUAGCAUUUUCAUGCUGAAAUUAGCAAUUUUUCCAACUUCAAAAAUUUAAUUUAACCAUAACAUUGCCAUACAAAUGUAUAUAUUUCAUUUAUGUUUCAGUUGCAAUGUACUGCCAACACUGUGGGGAAAAUCUUCCCAAUACUGCACACUUUUGCACAGAAUGUGGCAAGUCAGUCACAUCAUCAUCAGAAUCUGAAAGCUUAAAAAUGUCAACAGAAUUAUCCUCAGAUGGUAGAAGAAGUCUUGACGCUUUAAGGAAAAGAUUUCUCAAUAGCAAGUCUGAAGCUUCUCCACCCAAAAAAAGCUGUGUGAAGCCAGCUUUAAAAAAGAAAGAGACAACAGAGGAUAUACAAGUGCAUUUACAAGUUCAAAUUUUGGACAGGCAUGACAUAGCAGUUAAGAGGGUUUUCCCUACUUCAGAAGAUAUCUUAUCAGGCAAGAUAUCUAUUACAGUGCCGAUCAAGUCAACUGGUGUCUACUGGAUAAACAAAGUUCAGGAAUAUUUUCAUGGAAAUUAUAAUUUACAGCUUAUGAGAGUUUGUUCUUUUGGUUAUAGUGUGGUUGAAAACCCAGAAGAUUACAAUAUUGCUAAUUUGAAGUGUGAGAUGAAAAAGUUAAAGAAGAAGGCCAGUGAUUUGCAAGCAUAUGUUAAAUGUGUAGACAAAGGGCAAAGAGACAAAUUAGAAUUGACUGAAAGAUCAUGUGUCAAAAAAGAUAAAGAUCAUGUUACCAGGGUAACAGAAUCAAGGACAACUUCAACUACUGCUGUCCAGAGAAAUAUUUGA